AAAGGUACUGUGUACGUAUUAAAGAUUGCCAAAAGGUCAUUAGCUUUCAAGUUCAUUGCCCAGAGAUCUCGGAGAUGGCUGAGAGCAGGAAGUCAAACUCAGUUGUGAGUUCAUUUCCAAUAUUGCUGAUGGAAGCGUGGCAGAAAUGGGAUGUGAGGGGAAUGGUUCUUUUUAGUCUUACCUUACAAAUUGUCCUCUCUGUCUUAGGUAGGCGUAGGAAAUACAAAAUUAAUCCUUUCCUCAAAACCAUUCUAUGGUUUGCCUACUUAGGUGCUGACUGAAUUGCCAUUGCUACUUUGGGCAAGCUUUCCGGUUCCUAUACAGAAUCUCCCGCCACCAAUGUCUUAAGAGCAUACUGGGCUCCUUUACUCUUGCUACAUCUUGGUGGCCCUGACACCAUCACAG